GCGGCGCUGCCUUUUGUGUUUCGCUCAGAGGUGCCAGAGACCACCCCCCAGCUGUGCCCCGCGGCCCCCUGCGGCCCCCUGCCCCUCCUCUCGGCGUCUCCAGCCCCCCUGCUCUGCUCCGCGUGCCAGCUCGGGGCUCGCUGGUUUGUUCCCCGUGGCGCCAGGAGGAGGGGCGAGGGCCGGCAGCCCCCUCCUCCGUGCGCCGAGUGGGAGCCCAGCGGAGCCGGGGGGGACGCACCACCGCCGGUCAUGUGGGCCGGACUGCUCCUCAGGGCCGCUUGCGUUGCGCUCCUGCUGCUGGGGGUCCCCGCCCGCACCUACACCGGGAGGAAGCCGCCAGGGCACUUCACGACCGAGAGACGCCGGCUGGGCCCCCACGUCUGCCUCUCAGGGUUCGGGAGUGGCUGCUGCCCUGGCUGGGCACCCUCCAUGGGCAGUGGGCACUGCACCCUUCCCCUCUGCUCCUUUGGCUGUGGGAGUGGCAUCUGCAUCGCUCCCAACGUCUGUUCCUGCCAGGAUGGAGAACAAGGGGCCACCUGCCCAGAAGCCCACGGACCCUGCGGGGAGUACGGCUGUGACCUUACCUGUAACCAUGGUGGCUGUCAGGAGGUGGCCCGAGUGUGCCCCGUGGGCUUCUCAAUGACGGAGACAGCUGUCGGCAUCAGGUGUACAGACAUUGACGAAUGUUUAAGCUCCUCUUGCGAGGGCCACUGUGUGAACACGGAAGGCGGGUUUGUGUGCGAGUGUGGGCCGGGCAUGCAGCUGUCUGCUGACCGCCACAGCUGCCAAGACACUGACGAAUGCCUCGGGACCCCCUGUCAGCAAAGAUGUAAAAACAGCAUUGGCAGCUACAGGUGUUCCUGUAGAACUGGCUUCCAUCUCCAUGGCAACCGACACUCCUGUGUAGAUGUAAACGAAUGUCGGAGGCCGCUGGAGAGGCGAGUCUGUCACCAUUCCUGUCAUAACACUGUGGGCAGCUUCCUGUGCACCUGCCGGCCUGGCUUCAGGCUGCAAGCUGACAGAGUGUCCUGUGAAGCUUUCCCGAAAGCCGUGCUGGCCCCUUCCGCCAUCCUGCAGCCCCUGCAGCACCCCCCUAAGAUGCUACUGCUGCUUCCAGAGGCGGGCCGGUCUGCCUUCUCCCCAGGACACAGCCCUCCUUCUGGGGCUCCAGGGCCCCCAGCCAGAGUCAGGACAACCCACCUGCCCUUGCCCACCCCUGCACUACCCACACCUUCCCCAUCUGCCCCGAUGAGACUGCUGUCCACCCCGAUGGCCAUGGCCACCCCGGUGCCUAGUGCCCCCCUGCUGGGGACUCUCAGACCUCCCUCACAAUUCCUGGAAAAGGCAGUGGUGACGCCUUCCUUGCCCAGGGGCCCCACGGCCCCAUGGCCUGCACCAGGGCCCUCUGCCUGCUGGCACCUGGGAGCCAUGUAUGAGUUGGGGAGCCGCUGGACAGAGCCGGGGUGCUCCCAGUGCUGGUGCGAGGAUGGGGAGGUGACCUGUGAAAAGGUGACGUGUGAAGCUGCUUGUUCCCACCCGAUUCCCUCUGGAGAUGGGGGGUGCUGCCCAUCGUGUACAGGUGGGAGCUGGUCCAGUGGAGGCUUGGCGUCAUUCGAGCUGAAGGGGAUGUGUUUUCACCUCCCACGGAGAACUGCACCGUCUGUGUCUGCCUGGCUGGAAAUGUGUCCUGCAUCUCCCCCGAGUGUCCUCCUGGCCCCUGUCAGGCCUCCCCGAAGUCGGACUGCUGUACUUGUGUUCCAGCUGCCCAAAGACCUUGAGCUGCCUCUCCCUUUCCUCUCUGCAGUGAGAUGCUUUUUCCAUGGCCGGUGGUAUGCGGACGGGGCUGUGUUCAGUGGGGGUGGUGACGAGUGUACCACCUGUGUCUGCCAGAAUGGGGACGUGGAAUGUUCCUUCACGCCAUGUCCAGAACUGGACUGCCCCCGUGAGGAGUGGUGGCUGGGCCCUGGACAGUGCUGCUUCACCUGCCGGGAGCCCACGCCCAUGACAGGCUGCUCUCUCGAUGACAACGGGGUUGAGUUUCCAAUUGGACAGAUCUGGUCUCCUGGUGAUCCCUGUGAGUUAUGCAUCUGCCAGGUGAAUGACAACCUGCGCGCCUUCAGCUGCUUUCCCCACUGCGCCCCCCGCACCCCCAUGCCUCAGGGCCCUGACCAGGGUCCUCGCGGGCCAGGCAUCCCUGCCCCUCCAGAAGCUGGGACACCGCAGGCUUGCUCCCAUGCCAUCAAGGUCCAUUUUUACAGAGAGGGUGGGGACCCAGUUUCUUCUGUCCUUGGUAAACUUUUUAGGACAACGGAGCUUGGCAGCCUGCCUUAAGAAUGGUAUGUGACAUACGGUGUUUGCGAAGGGAGCUGCUGGCAUAAGGAGAUGGAAGUAGACGUCCUAAUAGCAGGUUGUCCUCAGGCACAGAAACCGAGGGAACUGGGGUGGCCAGUGGUUCAGGCCUUUUCUGUGAAACUGAAGUGUUUCCUGCAUCAACACGAACCAUGUGACCUCAUCACAUCAGAUGUGGAUAAGGAGAGGGUGCUCGAGUUUUAGAGUCAGAUUGAUAGACAUGCACACCUAGCUACUUACCAAGAAACACAGUUGUUUUAGCUCAUUCAG